AUGGCGGUCAAAAUCUUCGACGAUAACGUGAAGUCAGACACGACAAAACGGAAGUUCUUCUACACGACGAAUCUAUGGGAGCGGAUAAGCCGCUACGACAAUAUUUGCCGCCUUCGUGGUGCCUGCUAUUUCACGGCGACACCUUUUGUCCUAAUGGACUAUUGCGACAACGGGCCUCUAGAUAAAUUUCUACGACAUGAUGAGAUCAAUCGCUACAAACUCAGUCUCGAUGUGCUCGCACAAGCUGCCCAAGCGGUCGCCAAGAUGCAUUCGGUCGGCAUCGUCCACGGGGACUUGAAGUGCGACAAUAUUCUGGUUUCGGAGAACGCCCAGGCAAAACUUUGCGAUUUCGAUCGCAGCUUCGACUGGAGUGCAAUGAAGGAUCGGCGCCUCGUUAAUGGUACGGCAGCGGCUGCAGGGAUUGAAAUCACGGAUGCGGUCCGCUACUUGGCACCGGAGUGUGUGAACGGAAUGUUGCCGAGCACCAAAUCUGACGUUUAUGCUUUUGGAAUGACCAUCUACCACGCAUUGGUUGGCGAGUCACCGUAUGCCGAUAUUAGUAGUGACGAAGAACUACGGACAUGCAAGUUGAAUGGCGAACUUCCGCCUCGAGACCAGAAGUUGAUGAGUGAUGGCGCCUGGGCACUUAUCACUCAAUGCUGCAAUGCUGUUCCAGAUCAGCGGCCAACCAUGGAAAAGGUUAUGGUCGAGUUA